UGUUUGUAAUCUACUAACAAAAAAACUUCUAUCAAAAUGAAAAUAAUGUCUGGAAAUUAUUAUUAUAAUGUCUUAUUCUGUGUAUUGACAGUGUGUAGCGUCGUAGUUGUCGCAAUGCCACGCAUUUAAGCUCUACAUUUACACAGGAAAGAUCAGUAUUUUCUCGAUCGGCUGUUUGAAUGGACGUAAAUUUUUCCGCAAACUUGAAUUAAUUAAUGGUUAAUACGAGAAAAUAUUAAUGAGUCACUGAUCAAUUCAAGCAGAGUUUUUUUUUUCAAGCAGUCGUUAAUUAAUUGAUUGCGAGCAGAAGAUCAGGUCGAAGGUGUUUUGAGCUUUGAUCCGGGAUAAUUUUGCAUUGUUCGAAGAAAAUAACAAUCAGAAUCAUGUCUCCAGUCGAGAUUUUGUUAACAAUUUUGGACUUUCUGAGGAUGGUGGUGAUGUUUAAUUACCAUUUGUUGUAUGCCACAUUCCGGCUUUUCGUGCCGGUAGAACCAAAAAGUCUGAAAGGAGAAAUUGUUUUGAUAACCGGUGCUGGUGGCGGAAUUGGACGUCAAUUAGCUCUGCAGUACGCCAAGCAAGGAUGCAAAGUCGUUUGUCUCGAUAUCGACGAGAAAAACAACGAAAAAACUGUAAAAGAAGCAAAUUCUGUCGUUCAAAAGUCCGCUGUCGGCUACAAAUGUGACAUUACAUCGCGCGAAGAAGUUCUCGCGAUUGCGGAACGUGUCAAGAAAGAAGUUGGCUGCGUGACUGUCCUCGUAAACAACGCCGGAAUCAUGCCGACACGAAGUUUGUUGCAACACACGCACGAAGUUGUCCGAAAAGUCAUGGAUAUUAACUUGAUGUCGCACUUUUGGGCACUCGAAGCCUUCCUGCCAGCGAUGUACGAAGCGAAACGCGGCACAAUUGUCUCGACAAGUUCCCUGCUUGGUCUCAUGGGAAUGCCAAACACUGUCCCCUACACUGCCUCAAAGUUCGCUGUUCGCGGAUACAUGGAAGCUCUCUUAUCGGAGAUCCUGGACCUUCAUCCGGAUGCCGAUAUUCAAAUGUUGACGGUUUGUCCAUCGUGGGUCGACACAAAUUUAGUGCACACGGUGAAGAUGCGUUUUCCCAAUUUGUUCCGAGCAUUGUCGCCGAAAUACGUGGCGGAACAAGUUGUGCUGGCACACCGACGAGGACAACGAGAAAUUACCGUUCCAUGGUUUUAUAGUGGAAUUAUUCAUUUCUUGAGACUAAUGCCGUACAAAUGCAACGAAGUUGUGCGACGAUUUUUGGAUGGAAAGGUCGAGUGUGAUCUCUAAGUCCAAGUUGAUAAAAAAAUCUAUAAAUAAAAAAAAAAUGUGCAAAAUUCCAAAGAUAUCUAAUCAGACUUAAAAUUAUCUAAAUUUGUUUUGUUUGGUAUUAAAUAAGUUUUUUUAUAUGAGAAUAAAAAAAAUAACUUGACAUGAACUUUCUCAGUUUUUAAAUGUA